AUGACCCUCUGCGCCCAGUACUUGCGACAGGCAGAGGCCCUGAAGGCUGACAUGACAGACGCAAAGCUGGGCGAGGCAGAGGUGUGGACGUCGCGGCAGGCUUUGCAGGACGUGUAUCAGAAGAUGCUGGUCAGAGACUUGGAGUAUGCUCUGGAUAAGAAGGUGGAGCAGGACCUGUGGAACCAUGCAUUCAAGAACCAGAUCACCACGUUGCAGAGCCAGGCCAAGAACCGCGCCAACCCCAACCGCAGCGAGGUGCAGGCGAACCUGUCCCUGUUCCUGGAAGCAGCCAGCGGCUUCUAUACUCAGAUGCUGCAGGAGCUGUGCACAGUCUUCCACGUGGACCUGCCCUGCCGUGUGCGCUCCUCUCAGCUGGGCCUCCUGGGCUGCCCCCCCCCUCAGAGCAGCAUUGUGACCCCCCAGCCCAGCUCCUGCUUCUAUAUAUGCCAGCACUGCCUCGUUCACCUGGGGGACAUUGCUCGUUACCGUAAUCAGACAAGUCAGGCGGAAUCGUACUACAGACACGCUGCUCAGCUGGUGCCAUCCAAUGGUCAACCCUACAACCAGCUGGCGAUCCUGGCCUCGUCCAAAGGAGACCACCUGACCACCAUCUUUUACUACUGCCGCAGCAUCGCUGUGAAGUUCCCCUUCCCUGCGGCCUCCACCAACCUGCAGAAAGCCCUGUCCAAGGCUCUGGAAAGUCAAGGGGGGAAGAACAUGAGGAGCCUGUCCGAUUUUGUCAAAGCUUUUAUCAAGUUCCACGGCCACGUCAACCUGAGCAAAAGUGUGGAGAAGCUGGAUGCACUGAGGGACUGGCUGGAGGAGCAGUUUCAGAGGCUGAUGCUGCAGAAGGCCUUCAACUCUCAGCAGCUCGUCCACCUGACUGUGAUCAACCUGUUUGAGCUGCAUCACCUGCAGGAGCUGAGCGACGCAGAGCAGAACCUGGGCUCCGAGCACCAGACCAGCUGGACACAACUGCUGGGCCUCUUCAUGUCGUUCCUGGGCGUCAUGUGCAGCAGAGCCAUCCUGAACCAGUCGGAGAGCGAGGAGCUGCCGGGGGCAGAGUGCCCGCUGCCCGCCAUAAAAGUGUCCCUGGACUGGCUCCGGCUGCGGCCCGCCCUGUUCCAGGAGGCAGCUGUGCACGAGCGCAAACAUGUGUGGCCGUGGCUUGUGUCUCUGCUGAACGGAUUCCAGCCCAAAGAAGAGGACGUGUCUUGUUCCUCAGUGGUGCCUCUGCCAGAGGAGUUUGAGCUGCAGGGGUUCCUGGCCCUGAGACCAGCUCUACGCACGCUGGACUUCAGCCAGGGCCACCAGGGGGCACUCCACACCAGGCACCAACGCCUAGUCUGCCUGGGCAAGUGGAUCGCAGACACACAGCCUCUGCUGAUGCAGUGCCGUGCCUCCGACAACGGCCUCCUCACCUUCCUCACGGAUCUGCCCGAGCUCCCUAUCGACCUGCCCCAGGAGAAGGAGGUACUCCAGGAGGCCGGCCAGCACCACGACUCCUCCAAUGCCAGCUCCAAGCCCUUGGUGUCUGCGCCCAAGAGCACCAGCGCCUCGCUCAAAGAGAACCUUAAGCCGCGCGAGCCGGGCCGAGACACCCCUGCACGCGGCCUGCACAGGGAGCCCGCCAAGGAGCGCAGAGACCUGUGCAAGGGCAGCACUGCGGCCCCCAAGAUUGAGCCCAAGUGGGACGCCAAAAAAAAGAGCGACGUGAAGAAGAGCUCACACGACAAGAUCAUGGACUCCAAACAGGUGAAAGUGCAGCCAGAGGUGAGGAAGACGCCUGUGCCUGAAGUGAAGAAGAGCCCGGUGACCCCGACUCAGAGUCUGGGAUCCUCCACUCAGUUCAUCCACCACCAGGGGGCGUUCCCCCCUCUGCCAGGCCGCCCAGGCUUCCCGUCCACCUACGUGCUGACUCCUUCGGUCCCCUUCCUCCCCUUCCCCACCGGGCCCGUUCCUGGGUCUGGCCACUUUUUGCCCCAAGCCCCCCCUCAGGCCAAACAGUCUCACCCCACAUACACCCCCCAGCGCUCCCCCCCUCUGGGCUCUCCAGCAGGACAGCAGCAGCAGACCCUGGGAAAGAGCCCUCCUCACCGGGGACUGCAGCAGUUCCUACAGGGCCAGAGCUUGGGCACCAAGCUGUCCCAGAUGCACCAGAUGCCUUUAGCCCUGCAGCAGCAGCAGCAGCAACAGCAGCAACAACAGCAGCAGCAGCAGCAGCAGUCCCUCUUCCUAUCCCCUGAUUCCAGCAUGAAGCAGUUCGAUGUGGACAAGAAGUUUCCCCCCAACAUAAGCCUGCAGAACGAGCGGAUGUGGGACUACCCCGACCCAGCUAUGAUGGAGCGGCUGCGGAGGGAAAGGGAGCCAGAGCCCCCCCGGAGACAGCUUCCCUUCCAGGACCCAAAGUCGUCUCCUUUGCUGCCUCCGGACUUGUUAAAGACCCUAGCGGAGUUCGGCGAGGACGAGGGCCUGGUCUUUCCCAAAGCCUCUUCACUUUUCCACGCCUUGGCCUCUCCUCUCAGCUCCGCUCCUGGAUCAAACCUCUUCCCUGGAGUGGAGAGCAUGAACCAACAGUCGUCUCUGCUGCAGGGGUUUCCUAUGCAGCUCAACCAGAACAGCAUGUUCAGCGGGUCAAGUGGAAAGAACCUGCCGUCCGGCUCCAAACCUGAGGCCCCCAUGAGGCCACAGGAGCCGUCCCAGUACACUCUGUUCAACACGGCCUGGCCCCCACCUUUGACCGCCAACUCUGACCACUCCACUCCGGUGAGCCAGUCCCCUCACUCGUCCAACCCUAGCAGCCUGCCCUCCUCCCCCCCGACUCACAACCACAGCACCCAGCCCUUCCACAACUACGGCCCCAUCGGGACCUUCGACUGCAGCCGUGAACGGCGUCUCGUCGACCGCUGGAAGCCCGACAAGAAAGGUCCUGGGAGUGGUUUUGGACUGGACUACCUGCCCUCUUCCUUGUCCUCUGAGUCUAGCUGGCCUCAGAACAGCUGGACCAACCAGGAGUCACCAAUGGAAGAAUCCACAGGGCUGCCGGACGGACUCAAGUCCUUCUGGUCUAGCUCCAUGAUGCAGCCUGGGCCCUCAGCUCUGGAGCAGCUCCUGCAGCAGCAGAAGCAGAAGCAGCAGCAGCAGAUGCAGAUGCGCGCCCACGGCAACAUGAUGAACCCGCCGCACUGA